GCUGAGGUGAGCUGUGCCCGCCUGACACCGCUCUGUCCUGGGGGUUGACGACGCUGCCUGCGCGCAACGGAGAGUCGGCGCAAAGUUUCCUCGAUGGCGCUGGUGAUGGAGCCGGUGAGCAAAUGGAGCACGAGCCAGGUGGUGGACUGGAUGAAAGGUCUGGACGACUGCUUGCAGCAGUAUGUGUGUGUGUUUGAGCGUGGAGGUGUGUGUGGCGAGCGGCUGCUGAGGAUUAGCCACGCCGAGCUCGAGGAGCUGGGAGUUUCUCGCAUCGGACACCAGGAGCUCAUUCUGGAGGCCGUCGACUUGCUCUGCGCUCUGAACUCAGGACUGGAGACGGAGAGCGUCAGGACUCUGGCUCACAAACUCGGCGCUUCGGCCAAGAACCUGCAGAACUUCAUUUCCGGCCGCCGUCGCAGCAGCCAAUCGGAGAGCAGGAGCUCACGGCGGCUCCCCAAUGAUCUGCUGACCUCCGUGGUCGACCUCAUCACCGCCGCCAAGAGCCUGCUGGCCUGGCUGGACAGGUCUCCCUUUGCUGCAGUGGCAGACUACUCAGUAACCCGAAAUAAUGUCAUUCAGCUCUGCCUGGAGCUCACCACCAUUGUACAGCAGGACUGUACGGUGUUUGAGACGGAGAACAAAAUCCUUCAUGUGUGUAAGACUCUGUCGGAGGUGUGUGAGCACAUUGUUUGUGUGUCAUCGGACCCGCUGGUUUCUCAGUCGGCCCACCUCGAGCUGGUCCACCUCACCAACAUCAAACCCUCCGAAGGCCUGGGAAUGUACAUAAAGUCGACCUACGAUGGCCUCCAUGUGAUCACAGGAACUACUGAAGGGUCUCCGGCUGACCGCUGUAAGAAGAUCCAUGCAGGAGAUGAAGUCAUUCAAGUCAAUCAUCAGACAGUGGUGGGCUGGCAGUUACGUAACCUGGUCGGCUCGCUGAGGGCCGAUAAAGGCGUCGUGUCCCUGACCCUGAAGAAGCGUCCACAGAGCACGCUCAGCUCCGCCCCUGCGCUGCUGAAGAACAUGCGCUGGAAACCCCUGGCUCUGCAGCCAACCAGAAGCCCAGGCAGCAGUUCGGCCACCCCUUCAGGAACUCCCACCAAGAACUCGGCCCUCCAGGACCUCUACAUCCCCCCUCCACCCACUGAGCCCUACACACCCAGAGAUGAGACAGGAGCCUUGUCUGGGGAUGAGGCAUCUCGUAACCAUGGUGGCGUCAGCGUUGCUAAGCGCUCUGAGUCACCGAACUCCUUCCUGGAUCAAGAGUCUCGCCGGCGAGAAGAGGAGGAGCCUGUGUACUGCACCACGCCUACAUACGGCAGGCUGAGGCCCAUCUCCAUGCCGGUGGAGUGCAACUGGGUGGGCGACUACGAGGAUCCAGCCAAGCUCAACCGAGAAAGCCGCAGAGAGGCGUCGCUGAUGCGUUACGUUGGACUGUCAGGUGGAGACGAACGGACCAGUUCUGACGAUUACUCCUCCCACACGGCUCGACCGGGCAAACGGGCCAAUGACACGGCCAAACGGGCCAAGAGGCGGAGCCACCACAGCCAAAGCCCCUCCCACUACGUGAUGCAAACAAAUCAGAGGGAUUCACCUCCCAGAGACCCCGCCUCCAUGUACCAUACAUACCAGCAGUCGUCCUCAUCUCUGCAGUCCAAGAGCAGGAAGAAGAAUAAAGGACGAGCUUUGGCCUCCCUGAGUCGGAGGCGUGUUUCCUGCAAGGCUCUGGGCCGAGGAGACUGCGAGGGCUGGCUUUGGAGAAAGAGGGACGCCAAGGGUUACUUCUCUCAGAAAUGGAAGAAGUACUGGUUCGUUCUGAAGGACAACUGCCUGUACUGGUACAUCAACGAGGAGGAUGAGAAAGCGGAGGGUUUUGUCAGUCUUCCAGAGUUCAAGAUUGACCGUGCCAGCGAGUGUCGCAAGAAAUAUGCUUUCAAAGCCUGCCACCCCAAGGUCAAGAGUUUCUACUUUGCAGCAGAUGGAGUGGAUGACAUGAACAGGUGGCUGAGUCGUCUCAACAUGGCCGCCGUGGGCUAUGCAGAGCGGGAGAGGAUACGCCAGGAGCAGGCAGAUUACUGGAGUGAGAGCGAACACGAGGAUGACGCCACCUCCAGCCCCAAACAGGACAGUCCCCCACCUCCAUAUGAUACCUACCCACGGCCUCCAUCAAUGAGUGCCUACUUGGAAGGCCGGACCACUCGACUGUCUUCCACGGAGACGUCUAGGUCUCGUUCUUCCCAGGAGGAUUUCCUGUGCGGUGAGCCUCCAGGGGUGGCCGCCGAGCCGCAGUACCAUCCCGGUCCUCUAGGGGGAGGCACCACACACAGCGGGAGGAAACCAGGGGGCAGCAACAGCAGCGACGUGCCCUACAGAUGUGAUCCUGUGGAGUACCGCUCGAGUCCUGCAGGGGGCAGCAGUGAGACAGGGUCCCCUGGUCGCUCUUCGUCCUCUCAGAGACGUUCUUGGCAGGACCUGAUCGAGACGCCGCUGACCGAGGCUGGACUGCACUACCUGCAGACUGGACCACUUGAGGACGCUGUCUUCGCUGAGCCUGGCCCGGGCGGGUCGAUGAUGGCCGGAGCCGUUUACACGCUUCCCGCUCAGAGGAAUGUCCCGUUGCCCAUGGCGAUGCAGAGGCUGAUUCCUAUGGCAACCCAGGGAGGGAAACCCCGCAGCUUCACACUGCCACGAGACAGCAACCUACACACACUCCUCACGCCGCCUGCGAAAGAAGAACAGCAAACACACAACGGUGGAAGUGAAGGUGCGUCCCUGGGCGACCUGUUUCGUGCAUGCGAGCAGGGCGGGGUCUGUCCUCUGGGCCGGGGCUCGGAGGCCAAGGAUCAGUCCGAGUUCAGGCAGUCGUUCCUCCGACGGGCCGCGGACCCUCAGCUCAACGAACGGCUGCACCGCCUCCGCAUCCUGACGUCCACGCUGAAGGACAGGGAGGGGGAGCUCGCGCUGAUUGACAGGCUGCUGGCCAAUCCCCAGCUGUCGUCGGCAGAGUUCCAGGAGUGGAAGAGAGCCUAUCAGGAGCUGUUCAAUCAGGAGCCCAACUCUCCGGCCGAAUCCGACCCCGGGCCGCCGCCGCCGCUCACGCCUUCGCUCUCCCACACGCACUCCUACAUCGAGACGCACGUCUGACGCGAAAAAAAUUUCAAAAAACGCUCUUAAAAUCUGGAUCGAGUUGAACAAAACUGCAGCCGACGUUUCCAUGCGUCGGCGUCGCAGUCGUAGAUAAAAAAGAUUAGCAUCGGCGCGGAUGGUGACGGACUGCGUCGAGGCCGGAGUAGGGUUUCAGCGGGGUAACAAAGUCGGAGGACGACCCUCACGUCACAUAAAUCUACGAGCUGAUUGGUCGAGCCACUCCAGCUGACUCGGAGGCGGACGAUACGCCGAUUCCUUAGUAUUACAUGUUAGCUUUUGUGCUCUGUAUCUCAAAUACUCACCAUGGAAACGCCAUAUAAAGAAGCUGUGGACGACUUUUCAUCAUCAGAGUGGUAUUACAGAGUAGUUUCUUCAUCCAGCUUGUUGUGCCAUGUUCCUACUGACUGCACAGUGUCUCAUAGACAGCCCAUAAUAGCCACUGAGUGACGCCCGUUGUAUUCUAUCAAGCCUUAUACUUGACGUCUAUGAUGAUAUUUACUGUACAGUGAGUGUUGCAGCAGACAACAAUAAGCAAAGGGUUCUUUUUUUAAAAUUCAAUAGUCUCACUUUCUAUCUAGUUUUAGAGACUUUCCUUCCUUCGUGCUGGUUUGGUAGAAUUCCGUACUGUGCUGGGCUGGACCUGAAGCAUGCACACUCCUCCUGGAUAGGACCUGUUUAAAGGAAAAAUCCACCCUAAAAUGCUUUAACACGGUUUUACAGUGCAUUUAAGAAGUCACAUAUGUGAUUCCUGCAGGGACGGCCAAGCUCUAAAACACCUCGGAGACGUGUUGCUCUUUGAUUUCCAAACCUCUGUUGAAGACUUCCCAUAUGAAUAUCACACAAUUAUGGUAAAAGUCAGUCUCCGGUUGUUGAUUUAACCCCUAAACAGCCAUCUUUGUGCACCAAAGUUACACAUUUAGAAGUUUUUCACGUUAAAAUAAUCCCUUUCUGCCUUAAAAUGAUGACUUUGCUCAAACACUGUUAAACAACUUCACGCUACACAAUGGUUAGUUAUAAUAUCAAAAUAAUUUAGCAAUACAUGUUCAAACCGGAAACAAAGAAAGUGCCACCCUGCUAAUUGGCAAUGUUAAUAUCUCAGGUUUGGUUUUAUGAUUCUGUUGAAGUCUGUCGUCAGAUUACUGCUUAUUUGACCUACAACAUGUCUUCUAGCAUAUAAAAACGCACCACAUGGACAGGUUAACAAGGUAAAAAGCUUGAUUUUCACCCAAAAGAGGUCUUAAAUGGGCAAUAUUCGAGAAGAUACUUCAAUAUGGAGAGAUCAUUUGGGUAUUUAGUAACAAUACGAACGCUAAAUCAUGGUAUUUUAGCAGUUUGUUGAUGGAAACUGGCUGAGAAGACUUGGACAACCAAGAUGAGGUGGAGAUGUGAAGAAGGAUGGAUGUACAAUCAACAGUAUGGAAGGCAGAGUGACAGACUUACAAUGAAUUUAAAGAACAGAGGGUUAGAGAAUGGAAACAUCAAAUGAGAGUAGUGAAAUUGAGAAUGAAAUGACUCUGACAGUGUGACGGAGAAAGUAGACCAGCAGGAAUAGAUCAUACUCAUCGAGAGGACUGGUGACAGAACGCGAGUGAAUAGAUCUGCUUUACUGAAUUUACCCCUAAGCUGCUUCUGUAUAACAUAAAGCAGUACAAGAUACUAAUGACUGCAUAAGACUGAGAAAAGUACAGCAUGAGGAGAGGCCCUGAUUAGUUCAUCCCCUACAGCUUGUAUCCAGCUUGAGAGCAUCUUCUUAAAAUCAAUCAAACUUACACUUUAGCCACAGCGCUGCUAAAGCAGCAUUACUGUUGCAACGAGACAUCAUCAGUAGGGUAAAACUAACCUGUCUCACGUUCCCCAUUAACGGCUGAACAAUCCAACGCUUGGUGAAUU